AUUAAUGUUCGAUAAUCGAUAUAUCAAAUUCCAUUGUUGAAAAAAUACAAUCAAUUGACACGAAUAAUUAGUGACGAAAUAAACCCAUUUUAUAUUAAAGCAGGUUAUACUACUAUAACGUUUGAAAUCUAAAUAUGAACGACCUUCCUGAGAGCAGUAAUAAUGGUAAUAACGAACUUGAGACCUUGGAUUAUCUUCGUGAAGUAAAGUCUUCUACAUGCUUAUUACUGCCGUUGACCCCUAGUCCUACUCCAUUAGAUUUUAAACAUCCCUUAUCAGAACAAAUGAAUGAAGGUCCUUUUUUAACUUUAAGUGAUGAUCAAAAAAUGGAAAUAAAAAAUUCAGAUGAAACAUGUGCAGGUGAUUCUAGUUCUUCAGCAGAUUCGAAUUCAGUUGUUCAAGAUCCUGUCAGUGCACAACUUAUUAAUAAUAUCAGUAUGUUGGAUUAUCAAACUCUCAGUAAAAAUGGUGACAUAAUUAUGGGACAGCCUGAAAGUUGCAAGCUUAAUGGGAGUCUCAGUAUCAGCAACAGAAAAUUACCCAACUUCAUCAACUGGAACUGGGGUAUUAUUCGAAAAAUUUUGCUUUGGUUUGUUCUCUCAAUACUCAUUGCUUGCUUAGGAGCAAUUAUAGCAAUGGUCAUUAAUAUACCUAAAACCUGUAAUCCUGAUCUGCCCUGGUACCAAGGGAAAGUAUUCUAUGAAAUUUUUCCAGCUAGUUUUAAAGAUUCAAAUAACGAUGGUAUUGGAGAUUUAAAAGGUCUUGUCAAGAAGUUAGAUUAUAUUAAAGAUUUAGGUGCUUCAUCUAUUCACCUCAAUUAUAUAUUUGAAUCUGCUGAAUAUCCGGAACAUUAUUACAAUACAACUUCACUAUUGGUUAUUGAUAGAAGUAUAGGAGUUUUGAAAGAUUUUCAAGAUCUAAUAAUAGCAGCUCAUAAGAGAGACAUGGGAGUGAUAUUAGAUAUCCCAGUGAAAAGUAUGGUUGAAUCUCAUGUUUCUUAUGAAACAAACAAUACUUUUGUUUUUUCAAUAGAACCUCAGGAUAAUAACUUUGAUCCAACAUCUGCUGCAAUAGCCUAUUGGUCAAGGGCACAAAAUGUAGAUGGAUUCUAUUUGAAAGAUCUAGAAAAAUUUAUUGAUAAUGAUAAUUUUGGAAAAUCACUUCAGCUUUGGAAACAAAUUUUAGGAAAUGAUAAAAUUUUUAUAGCAAGUGAGGCUGUAUUGGAAAAAGCUAAAGGUACAAGUCUUACAAUCUUGCUUAAUAGAAUUGAUUUAAUUGAUGUGAACUUGGACUUGCAAAAUGGUAUAAAUGGCUUAAAAGAUCAUAUUAACCGUGUAGUAUCUGGUAUUCUUUGGAAAAAACCUCAUCAUCCCUGGGUGCAUUGGAAUAUUGGUAAUAUAAACAGUGAAAGAAUUUCCACUAAACAUCAAAAUAAUACUCUUGCAUUAACAGCACUUGAAUUAGUAUUACCAGGUACUGUUAGUAUAUUUUAUGGAGAUGAAAUAGGGUUUGGUGGCUUGUCUGAAAAAGAAAUAGAAGGUGAUUUCCAUGAGCAUAGACAUAUACACAAUUUAGUGCCAAUGAUAUUUUCAAAUGAUAAUAAGAGUGAUAAUAGUGCUUCCAUACAGCCCUGGAAUUCUAAAUCCGAUUUGGAACCAAGAUUUUAUUACUUAAAUGUAAUCAAAAAUCUAAUAGGAUUAAGAUUGAACACUCCAACCAUAUACUUAAGGGAAAUAUAUAAAGAUGGUGAAGUAUUAAAAAAUAUGGAUGUUCACAAUACAGAAGAGAAUCUAGUUGUUAUUGAACGAUGGUAUCCUCGUAGAAAUACAUGUGUUUUUGUGGGUAAUCUUGGCAACCAGCCAAUAACAACUGAUUUAUCAACAAUGUUUUAUGGAGGAACAGUUGUUGCAGCUACCAAUGCUUCCUUAAUUGGUGAGAUCUUAUAUUUUGAUAAAAUUACAUUUCCUCCAAACUCAGCAAUUAUUUUUAAAUUGGAAAAAUAAAAAAGUAUUAGAUCCCAAACAUAAUUAAUGUUACUAGCUCACCAAAGAUACAAUUUUACGUAAAUAUGAUGUAGACAUUUAAGUUUUA